AAACACAUCAACAUGGAUCCCCAACAACAGUUUUGUUUAAAAUGGAAUUCAUAUUCAUCAAAUUUGGCCAUAACAUUCUCAAAUUUAUUCAAAUCGGAUUUGCUGGCAGAUGUAACGCUAUCAUGUGAUGGCACUGUUUUUAAGGCCCACAAACUAAUAUUGGCUGCAUGUUCGAAAAAAUUUGCCGAUCUCUUUGAGACAACACCCACAAAUGGACAAUGUGUUGUUAUAUUGGAGGCAACGUCCUCCGAUAAUAUGGCUGCAUUGCUCGAAUUUAUGUACAAAGGUGAAGUGCAUGUCUCACAAGAGGCUCUCAACAGUUUCCUCAAAUCUGCCGAAAAUUUACAGGUCAAAGGCUUGUCCACAGAAACCGGGCGUUUGGCAGCCCAACAGGCUCAACAACACAUUGAAUCCUCAUCGCUGUUGGAUUCACCCAGCCGACGCAGCAUACGCAACAGUAUUAGCGGUGCUGGCAACAACAGUCUAAGUGGUUCUUCCAGUUUGGGUUCGGGUAAUAUUAACAGUUCCGCUGGCGGCAUUAAUGCACCGGGCGGCGGCGGAGGUGGUAAUUUAGGACUGCCAGAACGUUGCCCCAGUACCGGUGGUAUCAUUAGUGGACCACCCUCGGGUACAAAUAGUUCUGCUGGUGGUAGCUCUGCCGCUGGUUUAGGUAGCGGCGCUGGCGCUGCUCAUCAUCUCGGUAGCUCUACCGGUAGUCUAAAACAAGAAUGCGAUUCACUAAUGCAUCCCAGCAGUUCAACACUGGGAAAUAUGUCCUCAUAUGUGCCGCCCAUGUAUAGACCAAUUUCAUAUGAACCAUUACGUAAACGUGCCCUCCGCAGCCCCUAUGCCGAACAGGAAGUACGCGGUAGUGUGUUAAGAGAUGGCUCGAAAAAUCCAUCAGAAUGUCCAAGUCCCAUAAGUAAACCUCCGUAUCAUCGACCAUCGUCCAGUGCAUCAUCGACAGCACCAACAGAAGCGGAUACAAUGCAUUCGGAAAGGGCAUCACCACAAUCAAGUCGUUAUGAUAAUCACAGUCCCAGUACAACAGGAGGUAAUGGUAAUGCAAAUAGUGGCGCUUUGGAUAGAUCGGUAAAAAUGGAACGUAAUAAUGGCAGUACAAAAGAGGCUAACAAUGAGGAUGAUCAUGAAGAUUUAGAUGAUCCCAGAGAGAACUGUGCUGAAGAUUUACGGGUUAAAUUGGAAAAUUCCAAUUAUUCACCGCCACCACCACCCACCUCAAAUACCUCACCCACCACACCAACCGCUUUAUUGGAGAGUCUGAAAAAUGCUGAUGGCUCCUUACCCGGUAGUUUAGCGGCAUCAAUACCACCCGCCGAUAUGUUAAAUGUAUGGAAUGCCACAAAAUUGAAUAACAAAAACAGUGGCAUGGUUAAUACAGCUGAUGGCAAAAAACUUAAAUGUUUGUAUUGCGAUCGUUUGUAUGGCUAUGAGACAAAUCUGCGUGCCCAUAUACGACAACGUCAUCAAGGUAUCCGGGUGCCCUGUCCGUUCUGUUCGCGCACCUUUACCCGUAACAAUACCGUACGCCGUCACAUUGCUAGAGAACAUAAACAAGAGAUUGGCUUAAGUGCUGGUGCCACAAUUGCACCAGCUUCCGUUGCCGCUGCAGCAGCGGCCGCCAAUCAUUCACAAUAGGAUGCGGCCGCAACAGCGGCGGCAGCAGUAGUUAUGAGUGCACAAAAAGAGGCUAAUAAACAACGUAAACGUAAGUCAUUAAAAAUGGCAUUGGAGAAAUGUAUGCAGCGUCGGGAUGCUGUUGGUGGUGAUCAGCAGCAG